AUGGGUUCGUCGUCAACUCGCAACGCGCGGACGCCAUUGAAAAUCGAUGUUAGUCUCAGCCGUGAUGAGGCCAAGGAGGAUUUCGGUCAGGGCGAGAGGCUGACAAACGCUAAGAGGAGCGGACAACUAUCUAGACUCUUUACUUCAAGUUCUCCUCUCGCUGGACCCCCGAGACACCUGCGGGAUGGAGAUGCUGAAGAAGAGCUUUGCUUGAGUGGGACACGUUUGUGCUCCAACUCAGAGAAGUUUAUGAAGCCUGUUUUUGAGGCUCCUCUUCGCCUCAUACCUAUCACAGGAUCGACUGCUGGCUAUCCAGUCAGAAGGGUUUAUUGCAUUGGCCGUAACUAUGCCGAGCAUGCCAUUGAGAUGAGCGCUGAUCCUACUAGAGAGCCCCCAUUUUACUUCAUGAAGCCUAGCGAUGCAGUGACGCCUCCGCCUGGAGAUGGACAGGCUGUAUUGAAGCUUCCCUAUCCUAGAGGUCCAACAGGUCUCGUCCAUCACGAAGGGGAGUUGGUCGUAUGUCUCGGCCCUGGUGCUUCUAAGGAGAUGACCCUCUGUCAAGAUAAUGAUGACAAUCAGCUAUUACAAGAAUGUGUAUUUGGUUAUGCUCUUGGUGUUGACCUUACUAAGAGAGAUAUACAGGCUAAGGCGAAAUCUAUGCGAAGGCCGUGGGAAGAAUCAAAGUCUUUCGAUAACUCAGCUCCCAUCAGUGCAGUGUAUCCUCUGCGAGACUCUCUACCAUGGGAGACGGCGUUGCUUCGUCUCAAGGUGAACGGCGAAGUGAGACAGGAAUCAACUCUUGAUAAGAUGAUAUGGCCGGUCGCCGACAUCAUUCGAUACAUUGCUCAGAGGAACGAGAUCGCUGCUGGGGAUUUGAUAUUCACCGGGACGCCCGCUGGCGUCGGCCCACUGAGUAUCGGAGAUCUCUGCGAAGUUGAGCUGGUCCAAAAAGAUGAUCCUACAGUGCCGAUAUUGCCCGGAGCCAAAUUGCUGAUGCUCUUGGCAUUCUAUCAAAGCUGUGCUACGGACCCAGGAGGAGUUCCACAAUACUGGGGGUUCCACAUUGGUGAUGAUGUGAAGAGAAGACGGUAUUGCAAAAUGUGUCACGUGUGGAAACCUGAAAGGUGUCACCACUGUUCUGCGUGUAACCGUUGCAAUCUAAACAUGGACCAUCACUGUCCUUGGCUCAACAACUGUGUCGGCUUUUACAAUAGGAAGUUCUUCCUCCAGUUGUUGGUUUAUGUUUACAUCUGUCUGGCUUUGGUCCUCCUGUUUGGUUUUCCCCGAGUAGUUGCUGUACUUGACGAUCGCCUUAACCACGGUAGUGGUUCUAUACUGUUGAACCUCCGCAACCUCUCCGGCUUGCUAUCUUAUGUGGUGUCUAUAUUAUUGGCGAUUUCAUUGUUAAGCUUCGUCAAGUUCCAUCUGGGAUUGGUACGGGAUAACUUCACUACUAUCGAGAACUUCGAAAGGGAGCCGAUGGUGAAAUCUAAAUAUGAUGUUGGUGAACGGUCCAACGUAGAGCAGGUUAUGGGUGCUAAUCCGUGGCUGUGCUGUCUGUACGUCAUUCUGUUGAGGGAUAAGGACGAUGGCGAAAUCGAUGGAGUGCCCACAGCGAGUGGUGCUCCCGGAGGGAUGUCUUUGCAAGAGGACUUGGAAGCUGGUCGCGGUGAUCAUCGUGAGAACCAAAGUCCUCAAGUGAAGGCUAAGAACGAUGAUGAAUUCUUAGACGGAAUUAAGGAGAAAUUCCAUCAGAAACACACGGAUGUUGUGAUCGAUAAGAAUGCCCUCAUGGCCCAUCUCUGUGGUGAGGCUAAGAUUGACACUAACGAGUUGAUGGCAACAGCGGCUAAGACAGCGCAUAAGGUGAAGGCUCGUCUUGAGGAAGAGGCGAAGGAGGCGUUGGAAAAGGCAGCGGACCCGUUGGCCGAUCUACCAGAAGGUUAUUACGAUCUAGAAGCCGUCGACGAUAGUGAUGAUGAUGAUGAUGAUGUGUUGAUGUCCGACGUGACGGUGGCGAUGGAGAUUGAUGACGACGUGCGUGAGGAUGAUGUUCGGGUCACCAUCCGACCGAAUCAUCUCACGGUUCGUAUCAAGGGCUCAGCUGAGGGUCUCGAUGGUGAGUUGAGCGGUAAGGUUGUGCCUGGAAAGUCGUCUUGGGAGGUGGACGAUGGUGAAGUGAAGAUUACUUUACAGAAGGCCGCUAUGAGUGAUCCCGAAGAUGAGGAUAGGCAAUGGUUCGACUGGUGGGGUGACCUUUGGGCAACGAAGAAGAUGUAA